GCAGUUGAUCGAAACAUCCAGGCAAAGCAGGGAGAUGAAUACCAACAAGGAUUUUCUGAAUUAAGACUAUAUCAAGAAGAUAACUCAUUUCAACAAUAUCGUAACUCUUUUAUUUCAGAACUAAAAGGUAACACAGAUAUGCAUGUUUUGAAUUUACACAGCAUUUUCAAUGUCAGUUUGCUAUGUCUAUGCAAAUACUUCUUCCUAUAGCAGUUUGUACUGUUCGUAACCGAACACCCUAACAAAGUCUUCUCUGUUUGUCAUUUCCUUUUGUGGGUGUUUUGUUGUUGUUGUUGUUGUCUUGAUCUGGAUUUUUUUCUUGUCGUUCUUUCCGCACAAGCUGUAAAACUCUCACUGGAGUUAAGCAGAACUGUGGCUCUGCCGUUUCCUCAUUUUUCUUCUACUUAUCAGUGGUGCUUUUAUCUUUGUUGCUUAGAAAACUUACUCAGAAAUAAUUGUUGUUGUCGUAAUUGUAUUGCAAGUUAUGAUAGCAUGCAAGGCACAGUGGAAGAAGGAAGAUGACAUCAGCGAAUUAUUUCUUUUAGUUAUAAGUUUCUUGUUGGCAGAACACAAAGUUAAUAUUGCAGUGAUUACUGUGUGAAUUAACACUUUCUGAGAAGAAAUAAAAGCAUGCAGGUGUAUUCAUUUCCAGUAAAGACUUUGCACAGAAUCACAACUUCAUGGCAUCGUAACACAUGCCAGACUGAUAGGUGACCUGUUUUGACAGCUGGGGCCGAAUGAGGGACUUGUUUGCUCAGAGGAUUCCUUUGGGAUGCCUGGCUUUGCUCUCCAGCACAGAGCUGUAACUUGACCAGUCUGCACAAGCUGUCGUUACAAAAUGUUUUUGCCUGUUACCACAGCUGGACAGCAUGAGGUGUUGUUCUUCUAGUGCCCCAGCUCUGACAGAUAUGAUGGGCACUGAAAAUGUGUCUGUUUUUGAAACAUCAUUUGUCUUCUAGCAGUAGUUAACAAAUACACUUCAAAAAUACCAGAGAUUUGGCUGGAAACUGUCCUAAAAUGAAGCAAAAACAUGAACACUUUAAAUGCUGUAAAUUGGUCUUGUUUCCAUUGUCAGCAGAGGAUCUGGCCUCAAAGAUAGGGCAGUAAGGGCUGAAGCGUAGGCUUGGUUUUCUGGAAAGACUUCCAACUGUGUUUACCUUCCCUUUGUGUACUCCUGCUGCUUCCAGAAGUACAGGCAAACAUAGGGAGUCGUAUCCACAGAACCUGGUUCUCAAUCACACCUUGCAAAAGGCAAAACAAGCAAACCACUCCUCUUCUCUCCCUUUCACAGCCUCUCAAAGUCUUGAUUUUGUUUUCAGAGAUGUAGUUUGCCAUGCCCUGUGCCAUAAAUGCUGAGGUUCUGCAUAGAGUUACAAGUUGACUGGGGUAAAUGAAGAGCGAUGGUAGGCAGAGUCCCUGGCUCUGCUCUCUGAUGAACUCGUCACUCACCUGCCACCCUUCUGCGAUGGCAAGAAGCAAUUCUGAUAAUUCUACUGCCUGGGGUCUACUGAAGGUUUUCAGCUCAGGGAGGGAACAUUUAGGUCGGACAUCGGGGAAGUUCUGCGCAGAGAGAGUGGUGAGGUGCUGGAACAGGCUGCCCAAGAGAGGCUGCAGAUGCUUCAUCCCUGGAGGUGUUCAAGACCAGGUUGGAUGGGGCCCUGGGCAGCCUGGUCUAGUAUCAGAUCUGCAGGUUGGUGGCCCUGCCUGUGGCAGGGAGUUGGAACUUGAUGAUCCUCGGGGUCCAUUCCAACCCAAGCUAUUCUAUGAUCCUAUGAAGGAGAACAGGCAGCCUUGCUAAGCUUUUCUCUAAGGAAAUGCUGUCUAUAGGGACCAGUUGUUACAAAUGCUAAUAGUGUCAAACAGUGUGGUCCUGCAUGUUCAAAGCCAGCUGUAAGCCUCAUUGUUUAUUUAUGUUGCAUCAGGGACCAGAGGCCCAUUCUCCCAAACACUGGAUGUUGACAGAGCCUGUGGUACAAAUAUAACAGCAUCCUAAUUGUGUUUGUCUGUGGCUUUUACCACAAGGUGAGUGGCUUCAGUGGUCACCCCUUGAGCAGCACCUCUGGUUUCAGAGCCAGGUACAGCUGCUCAUGGUGCCGGGCAGAGAACAGCUGCCCAGCACCUCCCUGCUGAGCCCACUGCUAGGCCUUUACUGCACCCACAGUUCCUCUGUAUGAAACAGACCUGAGUGCUACACUUAAUUAAACUCACUGAAGCCAGGAGAGCAAAGUUACAAAUCAGGUGGGGCUGUUGUUUGUAUUAGGAGAGUAGGGUCAGACCCGAGGUGAAAAUAAUGAUGAAUUUAGAUCCAGAAGGUCUUGUCAGACUGAGCUAUUAAAUGGUUGCACAGGCAGUAAUAUCCUGUGAUGUGUCUCUAACAAGGAAGAUCACUAAUGAGGCAAUUCAGACCUGAAGGCAAAGUGUUAAUUACUAACACAGGCACUACAACCACAGCUUUAAUAAUCAGGUUCUGCUCUUGAAGUACGAGUGAUGCAAUGUGCUACUCACGUGUGAGGACAGGCUCUAGGCUGCCAGAGAAAUGCAGGGGACAGCCUGACAUGAAAUCCUCCUACAAAAAGCUGGGCUAGAGAAACAAUUAAUCCAGCAUUUAAUUUCUAGAUCCUGUUCCAAUAUUUCAUUAUUUCAAUAAGUCAACAAUAGGCAGUAUGGAAGCAAGCAAAUAGAUCCAGGAUGAAUUCAGGGAGACUGCUUUGACCAUACCUUGCUUAGUUGAAUUGGUUCAGCCAUUUAUUGCAAGAAAGAUUGAUCUUUUUUUUUUUUUUUUUUUGCACCUUUGGUACUACAGGUGGUAAACAACUGUAGCUCAUUAUUCUCAUGGGCUUUCGUAAGGUGGUGUUUGGUGGUUCACUGUCACCCAAGUGGGCAGGGCUGCACCAGGUGACUGUGCCCAGCCCAGAGGGAAAAGACAGUACAUACAUGGAUGGCUGCCACAGCUAUCCUGGCUCUCAGCAGCUUCUAACAGAAAUGUAUUCACAUCAGAGCUCUGAGGUUUCACAGCCACCCACUAAAGCAACUCAACAAAGAAUGGCUUCAAAUCCAACUUGAACUGGUAUGGAUCAGGGUGGCUGAGGCCGUUCUUGUCUGUCUGGAUGGGCCUGAAAGUUCCUGUGGCCCUUACAUGUGACCCUGACACCAGGGUUAUGUCAGUUAGAUGAGCAACACUGAAAGUUUUCUCUAUUUUGGGCCCCACAACAUUCUGCCUACGGGAUGAGUCAGUAGUGGGAGCUGCUGCCAGCACUGUUGUUUCUGCACUCCAUGGGGCUCCUGUCAAAAUAUUUAGACUAGUGAGGAUCACCAACACAUAGGGGAGUUUCUCCCUUUCCUCUGUGAGUGAAUGGGUCCCAUUAACCUGUACAAAAGUAAGAGAAUGAAAAAGGAACAACCUCCAAAUUCAAAAAUGUUCCUUUAGUUUCACUGUGCCUCAGCAAGGCAGGAAAGAAAAAGAGAGGGAGCAAGAUGUCCAGAAACGUCUUCUAUACCUAGAUCUGAUGGGGUUCUAGAGGGUUACUGAAUCCAGUUUGCCGCUGCUGUACAGUCAGGAUGCUGGUGUGGGGCUGGAGAGGACACAAAAGAGAGAUCUGCCCUACACUCCUCCAGUGCAGGGUCCCCUCAGAGAACAACACUUUACCUCUCGCCUCCUCCUAAGAGUCACUGUGCACCACCUGCAUUGGGAGCUUUGGAUAAGGUCCUGCCCUCUUAAGUGACAGCUUAGUUGAAGUCUCUGAGUCACCAUCUGGGCCAGGCCCCUACAUCUGGGCACUGCAGCACUGAAAUGUUGCAAGCAAACUCACCGAUUCCAGCCCGUGGGUUUCACCCAGCCACAGAGCACAACUUAGUAGGUAAGUAUCUAGGCUGUGGGACUGUAAGCAUGCUGCCCAGCAUGGCAGGAGCUGAGCAAACCAUGCAGCAGCAGCAGCUGCUGGAAAACAGGCUGUGUAAUGGGUUUUAGCCAGCUGUGGGUUGGAGUGCAGCCAAGGACAGGUACCUAAGCAGCUGGGGCAUGGGGCGGCAGCAGCUCCUGUAUGAGACUUACCAGUGGUUUGAUGCCUGGGCUCUGUUCCUUGGGACAACAAGGGGUCAGAAUAGAGCUGAGAUCUAGUUGUGCCAGAGUAGCCUUGGGAGGUCUGGAAAAAAAAAACCCAAAAGCCUACAGAAAUGAGUUGCAUUAUUUAUCUGAACUGAAGGUUCUAUUCUGGCAGUUUUCAUGACUGCAAAAUAGAUUCUUCCCUGCUAAGAGUCAUAACGCUAAUCCAAAAUCUGCUGGGCUUCCCUUUCCCACUUCCUCUGGUGUAUGCUUGGAACCUGAGAGAACUGUGAAUGUGGCAAACAUCACUGUUUCUGAGGUGCAAUGCUUAAACCUAAGGGUUGGAGUUUCUUCUGUCUUGAUUCAAGUUCUUGUAAUACUUUCAACUCUGUAUUUUUUUUCUUUAUCUGUUUCUGUUUCCUUUUUGUUUUUUGGGUGGUUUUUUUUUGGUUUUUUGUUUUUGUUUUUGUUUUAAUUUUGGUUAAAGAAAUGAGUGUGAGUGUCCUGAUGUACGUAGCUGCAUCUGCUCCAUAUGGGGAGUUACCAUUUCCCCCAAGUAGGAACUGUCAUCUUAAAGAGCCAAGAUUUUCCACCACCUCCUAUGAUAUAAGCCUUGGUCUCAUGGACACUGAUAGCCAGAAUGCCCUCAGGCAUCUGAAGGAGAUCCUGCAAGAACAUCAUAAUGUAUGCAUUAACUGUGCACACUACAUGGCACUAAUGCAUCCCUAUCACCGCUGGAAAUUCAGUGGUAAUUUGCCUUUUUUGAGUCCAUUCAAUGGUGAGAAUAUACAUUCAUUCUGUGAUUUCUGAGUGUUCCCUGGUGUUUUCCCCUUCUCUCCUUUCCAGCUCUGAACACCAGUUUUUAGAGGGUCUUACCUUCAGUUUUAAGAGUGAUGACCUUGAACAGCAACCUUGAACUCUGUGAGCAGCAAAAAAUCAGAAGUGAAACUGAGCACUGUCACAUUGCUCUGCUAGAUAAGUGAAACAAAGAAAGUCACUUCAAAGAAUAGCUUUGCAUGCUGCUAAAGUGAUCCCCAGAUAAGGUAGAAGAAAGUUGCUUUACAGUGGCAGUGAACCUGUCCUUGCAGAAAACCUGCAGACAGACAAACUUUGUCCCAUAAUUUUCUGCUAUUAGAGCAAGAAAUAAAACAACAACAAAACAUACACAAAAAAAGACAUUCAUUGGUGUUGUCCAGAAUAAAUUCACUUCAGAAAUGUUCCUCUUUAAUCUGAUGAGGAUUUCCUUUACCUAUUUUUUCUCUUGAACUGCGGUAACCAGAAGGAGUAGAUAAGAACCUGCUGUGCUUGCAGCAGCUCCCUUCCUUUUUUAACCAACAAGUGCAUCAGGUGUUUGUACGUGACAGAAAGGAGUUUGUUCACUCAGUUCAGGUGCAGGUUUGACUGAUAAUGUCCUCUCCCUGGUGAAGGAUCUCUGAAAGAUUUAUUGGACAGCAAAAAAAAAUAAAAGACCCAAAAUGGCUACAACGGCGGCAAACACCCAACGACAAACAAUAGGCAGCGAGGAAUACAGUCUGUACAGCAGCCUGAGUGAGGACGAGCUGAUCAACAUGGCCAUCCAGCAGAGCCUGGGGGAGGACCCGGUGGGCCAUGCAGCGGCCCAAGGCCACCCAAAGCCUCUGGGAGGGGGACCCAGCGAGGCGGCUGCCCCCAGCCGUGCCAACAGCCACAACCCUCCCUACCACCUCUACCCUUGGCAAAGAUUGGCAGCCAGAGGCCGCAUUCAGCCGCCCAACGCAGGGGCAGCCUGGGCGGUCAGGCGAAGGUACGACGGCAGCCUCUUCAGCACAGCCCAGCCCAUAGAACUUGACCCUGUGGUAGCAGCAAUCAGGGAUGGAGAUGAAAAAGAGAUAUGCAACAUGAUGAAAUCAGGAAAAGACCUCUCUGAACCUAAUAAGGAUGGCUGGUUACCCCUCCAUGAAGCUGCGUACUAUGGCCAAGUGGGUUGCCUGCGCCUGUUGCAAAAAGCAUACCCUGGCACAAUCGACCAGCGCACCCUCAAUGAGGAGACAGCUCUCUUCCUGGCCACCAGCCGGGGCAACCUGGACUGCUUGCUUGCCCUGCUGCAGGCUGGGGCUGAGCCUGACAUCUCCAACAAGGCCAGAGAAACUCCCCUCUACAAAGCCUGUGAGCGCAAGAAUGCAGAGGCUGCAAGACUCCUGGUACAGUACAAUGCUGAUACCAACCACCGCUGCAAUCGAGGAUGGACUGCUCUCCAUGAGGCUGUCUCCAGAAAUGACCUGGAGAUUAUGGAUAUCCUGGUGAAAGGGGGUGCCAAGAUUGAGUCUACAAACUCCUAUGGGAUCACUUCUUUAUUUGUGGCAGCUGAGAGUGGGCAGUUGGAAGCUCUGAGAUACCUGGCAAAAUGUGGUGCUGAUAUAAAUACUCAAGCCAGUGAUAGUGCUUCUGCUCUUUAUGAAGCCUGUAAAAAUGGACAUGUACAUAUUGUAGAGUUUCUUUUGUCCCAAGGAGCUGACGCUAACAAAGCCAAUAAGGAUGGCCUCCUACCUCUUCACAUAGCAGCCAAAAAGGGAAUUUGCGAGAUUGUCUCCAUGCUGAUUCCUGUGACUAGUCGCAUCCGCGUCAAGCGCAGUGGCAUCAGUCCCCUGCAUUUAGCAGCUGAACGCAACAAUGAUGACAUCUUGGAAGAGCUAAUUGAUGCUGGCUAUGAGGUGAACACCACCCUCUCCAAUGAACGGUCCUGCCUUUACGAGGACAGACGCACCACACCUCUCUAUUUUGCUGUUUUUAACAACAAUAUCUAUGCCACAGAGCUCCUUUUGCAAGCUGGAGCCAACCCCAACAUUGACCUCAUCAACCCACUGCUUAUCUCCAUACGCCACGGUUGCCUGACAACAAUGAAACUGCUUCUUGACCAUGGAGCAAACAUUGAUGCCUAUAUUUCAAGCCAUCCCACCACAUUUCCAGCUACCAUCAUGUUUUCAAUGAAGUACCUUUCUGUGCUGAAGUAUCUCCUGGAUCUGGGCUGUGAUGCUGUUUCCUGUUUUCAGUGCCAGUAUGGAAACUGCCCACACCCUGCUUUAAAUUACAGGCGGGACAGAUUUAAUGAUCCUCAGCUGUCCAAAGAACCAACCAUAACACAGUUCUGUGAUAUGGUGUCUGCUCCAGAGAUAAGUCGCUGGGCUGGGCCAAUUAUUGAUGUUCUCCUGGAUUAUGUGGGUAACGUCCAGCUCUGUUCCCGGCUGAAGGAGCAUAUAGACAGCUACGAGGACUGGGCUGUCAUUAAAGAAAAAGCAGAGCCUCCUCGACCUCUUGCUCAUCUUUGCCGUGUCAAGGUACGAAGCUUGAUUGGAAGAAACCGCAUUAAACUUAUUGACACAUUGCCUCUUCCAUACAGACUGAUUCGAUACUUACAGCAUGAUUACACACAGUGACCUCAAGCAUGGUAGACUUUCAGCAGCUUCCCGGCAUGGCACUGAGUCAUCAGCAUGACAGUGGCACACCACGAGGAAUUGCUGCUGGCUUGGUCAAGUGCCCUCCAAUGACUAAUCUACAAGAAAUAUGCUUCUGGAGCGAGGGUGAGAAGAAAAAGGAGUGGACAUCUAAACAUUAGGUUUUACAGGAGGAAGCACAUGUGAUCCUCCUCAGAGCUUGGUCAGCAAAGAAAAAGAAGUAAAAGCCAAGGCUGAAAAAUGAGUAGUGCUGAAGCAAGUACCAGUGAAGGAUUUUGAUGUGUCCUGGGGUCUGGUGGGGCUUGGCAUCCGUGCUGUGAUCACAAUUCAGAAGCUGUUAGAGUCAACAUAUUUGGGAAAACAACCACAUUUCAUUCACUGACUGAGAUUUUUAUUUUAGUUUCUACUCUGUGUUUUGGAUUUCUGUUCAGUGUGCUGGUUGCUAAUUCUCUGACACUUUGACACUGUCUUGCUAACGAUUUUUUGGACCUUUCUCAGUUGAGUACUUGAUUUUUGAACAUUCAAAGCUCAGAACUUUUAACUAUACUCAGAUGUGAAGAUUCCUUCAAAAGCCAAGGAAAGCUUUGUUGAAGGAGGAUGUAAGAACUGUAUAUACACCUAGCAAAUACAGUUCAAGUUGUAUUACAUAAGAAGGAAGUGAAAUUCUGCUUGAGAUAAUUUUCUAUAUUUUCUGAUUUUCUAUACUGGGGAUUUGAAAGCAACUCACAUAUAUAUAUAUAUAUAUAUUUCUUUUCUGUAAAUUAGAAGUAGUUGCACUGUAAACAGUAGCUAUGGCAUGUCAUGAAGCUGGUGUCUGAACAGAACAAAGCCCUAGAGGAGCAUGGGCAUUGAUGAGGAAGAAAGGCAAGAUACAUAGGGAACAGCAACACUGCUACACUAACUUUACCUAUUGUUCCACUAGAGCAUCUUGUCCCUGUGAAACUCAGCCUCUCUUACUUCCUUGACUUCUGCAACUAUAACAGUACCAUGACUGGAAGAAAAAAAAAAGAGGUUAUUUCAAAAUGAUGAGACUUGGAGAUUUAUGAAAACAAAUGCCCAAAAUUUAGCCUCUAAACCUUUAUUCAGGUGCCCAAACUAUGCCAAGAUUCUUGUGCCAGGUGUAGUUACAUUGAAGCCAAUGGGACAACUCUGAUGUCAGAUAUUACUGAGGCAGAAUAAGUCCUAGGAUUUAGCCUUGAAUUUCUUGACUUUGGAAGUUAGAAGUAUCUAUUAGCUCUUUUGACAUUGACAAAAGUUAUUAUCUCAGCUUCUUUGAAAAUUAGGUCACCUAUUUACAGCUCAGAUACACAACUGAUUUAUGGCAGCUUAACGAGUUGCCAUCUAUCAGCUGAACCGCUAUAAUUGUCCGUGAAAUUCUUUUAUUGAAGUUUUUAACAAGUCACAUUCCCUCACAGCUGGGGAGGCUGAGGAGCCCACGAAUGGUUACUGGCAGUGACUACAGCUCACUUGACAGGUGUGACUUGCUGAACGACUGAAAUUUAAUGAAUGCCUCGGUCCUGAUCAGGCGCCUAAGUAAGGAUGGAAGAGCCUAAUUUUGGAAUCAUGUCUUGGCAGACCUUAUUCUAGAAGCGUUCCCAUUCUUACCUUAGGUGACAAAAGAGCUGUGAAGUAGGGAUUGUUUUGAUUCCCCACCAGAGACCUGACAGAUCUGUUUUUGUUUGUUGGCCUGCAUACUAUGGAAUGAGUUAGAAAUAUAAGUAGGGAAAAUGCACUGGACUGACUUUUGUAUGUGGUUUCACAACUUAGCACAGCACUAGAAGUGUGUUGCACACAGACAAGCUUAUCUGGGCACAGAAGUCCAGAUUCUGUGAUGGUUUUGUGUGAAAUGUGUUCAGCACUCAUGGGAUAGGAUGUGAGUGGAAGCAGAAAUGGUCACAGCUAAGGGCACUCUGUCCAUAGCUGUCCUCUUCCCGAAUGCAAAAGCAGUUGAAGAAAACAACGGUUUCAAUUCUCACUGAACUGUGAUCUUGCAAAGCUUUAUAAAAUAAGAUGAAAUUUCUCCACUGUUGAAAUUCCAUCACUGUCAGGGUCUGCCUACUUGUCCUGCAGUGUGAACUCCACCAUUCUUACAGGAGGAAUGAGGUCCCUGGAGAUACAGUGCCACCUGCCCAGUAGGGCCAUUCAGAAGAUGGAGCCUCUCCAUGAUACCAGUUAGGAGCUGGCCGCCACUGCUGGCCAUACAGAGAAGAGCUGGCUAAGCAGUCUGCUGAAACACUCCUCCAGCCUUCGGGAGUCUGUAUUGCCAGUGAAGGACCUGUAAUUAUAAUCAUAGAAUCACUGAAUAUCCUGAGUCAGACAUGACUCAUAUGGAUCACUGAGUCCAACUCCUAGCUCCACAAAGAACCGCCCAAAAAUUAGACUAUACAAUUGUAAGCAAUAGUUUGAGAAAUGGAAAGUCAUUUGCGGAAUUAUUGCAUCCCUCAGCUUAUGGGACUGAGAAGUGAAGGUCCAGGUCUUACUCACAUCGAUAUAAAUCAGAAGAAAAAUUGUUGAAAUUGAAUAAGAGUAAUAGAACAGAGUUGCAGGUGAUGGAUACUGAACAUGACCUGGUGGAGACCAUUUAUGUAAGCAUUUGUUUGGUGUGCUGUGUCAGCUCUAGAGACUGCUAGCUGACAGAAGGAUUUGAAAUCACCAACUGCAGGGAUGGGAUUUCAUAAACCAUCACAAAUGGGAAAUUUUCUCUGAACCAACAUUGUUACGUACACAAAAGUCUCAUGAAUAACAGCUUCUUUUUAUGUCCUUGGACAAGUUGAAACUGGUUUUGGGUGGAGCAAAUACGGAAAGUCCAUUGCUUCUUUCUUCCAAGAGACCUUCAUCUCCGCUGGGAGACUCACAUCCUGGUUGCUCUCAGCUGUCUGUUCUGAGCAGCAGUCACUGACCUGAUGUGAGCAUACCGCAAUUGUGAGCUGGGUAAGGGCACAGCGUGCACAGCAAGUGAGGAGAGAUGUAUGUCAGAGGGAGAGCCUAGUAAUUACAUUAUUAUGCCCUUUCUGCCUGAUCUUUACUGCAAACCUUCACACAGUCAGUUUACAUUUAUUUGCACUGAAAUGGAGCCAGCUACCUCUCCUACACUCCAGUCACUGGCACAAUGUUUAAUGUGUGAUGCUGAAUCCGUACAAAUGUGAUGAGCAUUUACUGCAUCUGUCUAAAACUGUGAUAAGAUAAAUACCCAACAUCCCAAACCAGGCUUUGUAAGCAGAUCAGUAGUUCCAGCUCCCUCAGAGAUUAUAACUUUCUGUGAUAUAGGAAUAUCUAUAGGAAUAUUUCAUGACCAGGUUACUGUACUUUAUCCUACUGCAACAUGUGCAAUUCACUUUAUGUUUGUGUGCACUAUUUUGGUUUUUAUUUUAUUUUAUAUGAAAGAUUUUCAUUUACCUCUGCCUUCCCAUUAUUUAUGAAAGCUACUGUAGUUUUAACAGUUUAAAUUUGCACUGUUGUAGUUAACAGCAGCUCUUGAUUGUUAUGUUUCCAUCUUUCCAACAAAGUAUGAAUUAAACAAUUAGAUUCUAAA